GGACGGUGCCGCAUCAACACGUGGCCGAUGGGUGCAGGGAGAGGCAGGGACACACACACUGCCGGAGCGUCUGGGAGUCGGGUCUGCGGAACACAGCACGCAUACCACAGAACACAUACCGUACAGAUACUAUAGACGUCUGUGCACUACCGACUGACAGUGGUCGUAGAUCACCUGCACCAGCAUAGUCGACACUGAAUCGUGACAUGAGACUUCUGGACGCAGCGUUAAGAGAAGUGCAUCCAGGGAUGUUUAAGAUGCACCCGUGUACAUAGUGAUCGCGUAGUGCUCCAACACCCUGUAAUAUGACAAUCACAGAUCUCAGAAUGAUGGUGGACUGUCAUCUGUGUUAUGUUGGGAACGAUAUUCGCUGACCAGAGGAGGAUGCUGCACGUGCCACGUGGACAGUGGUCAUGCACGUGCAUGCUGGCCCUAGUGGUCGUCUGGGCAGUACGUGGCGUCAUGGGAACGGCUUGUCAACAGUGUGACUGCAUGGUCAAGGAUCCUGACAACAAUCAUGGCGGAAUUACCAACAUUGUUGCCGCCUGUGAAGAGGGCAAGGUCACGUGGUUCACAACUAACGGCUCCCUUCGGAUCACCUUGAAUCCAACGAAGUCAGGUCUAUUCCGGAUCUGCUUUCGUGUUGAAAGUGGUGCCUUUAAAACUGUCGUGUCUCAGGAGAUCAUAGCAACAACGCUACAGAACUACAGGCUUAAAACAACGACUAAAAAGGACAUCAAGUUAUCUCCCCUCCUAACCACCAGUGGCCAGAGCAAGGUGAACUGUAUUUCGGGUUCCGGUCCAAAGCGAUUAUAUGUAGAGACUGAGAGUGCUGAGGAGGUCUUGACCGUGGCAAAGGUCAAGGUUGAAUAUGACGUUGAGAAGAUCGCCAGUGGGUUAAGUCAAAGUCCAUACGAAGUGUGUCGGCCGUGCACAGAGCAGGAGCUGCUGAGGUCUGUCUGUUCCAGCCACUUCGUUGCUAUUGGAACCAUUGAUGACGUCACCCAUGACGAGGACACUAGUCACAUCCGCGUCACAGCAUCAAAGGUCGUUUCUCAGAAAGAGGCCAUCUUCCAGAAGCCAACAGCUGGAUGGUCCCGUCCCUAUGAACUGAAGGGCGUGGUUCAAGCCCCACUCAGGUGCGGCAUCAGACAUGGGGAGGGGCAGUUCUUGUUCACAGGCCGCGUUCGUCUUGGUCAACCAGUGUUACAGUGUGCCCCGCGCUAUGAACAGUGGAGGGCGGUGCUUGAGAUGGCCCAGGAAAAUGGCCAGUUGGAGUGCGCACUAGACCUCUGACUGGACAUCUCAUUGACCUUUUACUGGACUUCAACUGCACCUCUAAAUGGACCUUUAACGGGACCUUAACUGCACCUCUAAAUGGACCUUUAGCUGGACUUUAACUGAACCUCUGACUGGAAGUUUUACUGGACUUUCAAUUUGACCGCAGAUGGGACAUUAAGUGAACCUCUAGAUCUUUAAUUGGACCUCUAAAUGGAUAUUCAACUAAACAUCUAUCUAGACCUUUAAUUGGACCCUCAGAAUCUUUAACCGGACCUUCGAUGCGAAACACAACUCUUCCGUGCAUACGUUCAUUUUUUACUAAUACAGGUUGAUCUCUUUAGCCUGAAAGAGGAAUCCAUUUAUAUGUUUUCUGAAAUACGGAGGCCUGUGUCAUUCGCCCGUGGUUACGUACCUGUGUGAAUGGUGCCGUGUUGCAGUGGCACUGGCAGAAACCUGUGUCAGACACAUUACUGCAAGGUCCUCUACAAUGUCUACAAGCUUGUGAACCAAAGAUGAAAUGUAUAUAUUUUAUAUCCGUUUUUAGUUGCAUAUAUUUUGUGUAGUUACACAGAGACGUCUCAACUGAGGAUGUGUAUGUGACAUUGCUGUUAAUGUUUCAGAUGUUUACAGACUAGUGUGACAUUUACUGCAUUAGUUUUGUUGUUGAAUUAUACCUACUAUAUAUACAGAAGGCAGCAGUGUGUGUGUGUGUGUAGUGAUAGUGAUCUCUGUGAUAUGCUCGAUCAUACUGACAAUCGUAGGCCGUGCCUACACGAUCAGCCAAAACGUACACUUGUGAUUCGUAGCUGUAGAUCCCAUCAGUAUGAGAAAACUUCCCUGUCACUCAUCUUUAUCUGUGACUUCCGGAAUUCUGUUCGCGUCCCAUGCGUGUAGGCAUGGUGUCUAUGCCGAUCAUAACCUAUGCGUCUUCUUCCAUACAGGAAUGAUAAUUAUUACCAGUGAAAAGAUUAUACAAGGAGCCAUGGUGAUUUAUUGAUGCAAAGGAAACACAUAUCAUCAAAAUAGCAUAAACUUCUUUAUGUUUGCUGCGUUCGUUCAUUAACCUACUAUCAUCUUGACAUAAAUGUGUAAUUAUAUUACAUGGCACAUUGGUAAGACCUGCCGCACUGUCAGAGUUUGUUUGUUUGUUUAACGCCGCAUCCAGCAAAAUUCCAGCUAUAGGGCGGCGAUCUCUAAAUAAUCGAGUCUGGGCCAUACAAUCCAGUGAUUAAUAUCAUGAGCAUCGAUCCACGCAAUUGGGAUCGAUGACAUGCAUCAACCAAGUCAGCGAGCCUGACCACCCGAUCCCGUUAGUCGCCUUUUACGGCAAGCAUUGGUUGCUGAAGACCUAUUCUACCCCGGAGCGUCACGGGUCGCACUGCCAGAGUGAGUACUCUUGUCAGGAGUGGAACCCGUAUCUUCGCAUGACGAGGAAGCCAUCGAGCGUUACCAAAAGACUGGACGACCUAAAGUGACACGUGAACUAAAUACGUCACAGUGGAAUUCCUUUACUGUACACCACACCAGUGCUAAGGUUACCAGUUAGAACAUAUGUGUAGAAAAAUAGGAUGGUAUUAAACAAUUAGAUGAUCAUAUCGGCCUUGUUUGGGGAGUAAGCAGCGCUUGGAAUUGUCGUUCGAUGGGAACCUUUAACCACUAUAUUACCCCACCCAGCCCUGAUAGCUGAAUAUGUCAUGUUGUGCUCAUAGCAAUCUUCCUAAUUUACGAAUCUACAACACGCAUCGAGUGAUGAACCAGGGAUUUUUUGCUUGAGACAGAUUGUAAGACAUUUCUAGAUUAUUAUAAACCUUUGAUACGACAUUCUGUUUUACCAUUACCAAGGUACUUUGGUCUAUAUGCUAAAUCUAUCUGUCGAUGGUCUUAAAUAAUGACCAAUUUUAAGAAUGUGUUCUUGUGAUUAUGUAAAUACCGUCUUACAAAUGUUUAGUUUAGUCUAUGUGAUCCCCUUUCUGUAUGCCUUGUCGGAACUGCCAUAGUGAGUUGCGUUACCCGUCGCCAGCCUUCUGCCAGUAUGUUCUUACGUCGACAUUUGGAAUCAGUCAUAGAAUGAAGCUGUCAAGCUGCCCUUCCAUGUAUUCGUCUGGAAGUUUUCACAACUCCAUUUGUCCAUGGUGUCGUGCACCUGUUAUUGUUGACAUCGUCAGUUGUUUACGCCAUGCAAGCGGGUCAGCAGGUGAUGUCAAUUUGUCGUAGAGACAGUAAGCCAAGAUAUAUAUCUGGAGUUAUUUCUCUCAACCAGUUCUCACCCAUUCCAGUAUCCUCCAAAUCAGGCACACAUGACCAGUAGCUGUUGAUGCUAUCUGUGUCCUCUGACCCUGGGAACAAAAUCUGGGCUAAUUUUUAUUUAGUUUAUAAUCAUAAUUCAACAACUGUAUUGUACUGUAAAAUAUGUUCAUUUCAGAGACAAGAUGUAAGUCUAUCAUUGCCUGUCCGGUCAGUGUAGCCUUGAGCGACUACUUAAAGGAAACAAGCUCGUCAUCUAAGAAACAAGAUUCAAUGAAUAUUUCAGGUUUUGCAAAAUAAACUUCGAUAGUUGCUACCAGAUUGUAUUUAAUGAAAAGUAUACUUCGUAUAUUUAGCUUUAACGAGUAGCCUCAUAAUGGGACCAAUAUACUUACAAAGGGCUGAUAAGGUAUUAUAGCGUUCUUCGGACGUAGUUGUACAUAUAGUCUUGUAUAUGAUUAGCUCUGACCUGAAAUGGCACCUCUACCUGUGAUACAUGUACAUUGACAGCGGUUGUCGGGACCAAAAGGACACCUCUUGUAAUCCAUAUCCAUGUAGUUCAUCAAUAUGUACAGAAACUUCAAUAAAUCGGUAUUUCUCUUG